AUGGGUUUUAGCUCAAGCAAGCUUCAGACACUUCACGUGCUGCACAAAACUACAAACAGGGAAUCGUCCACAAUGAGUAGUAGUAGCACUCUUGUGUUCAAUCCCUUCCUCUCCAAUUCCGCCAUUAAAGAAUCACGAAAACCUCCCAAAUUCGUUGCCCUCUCAGCCUCGUCUGUCCGAUUUCUGUGUUCGUCUUCGGCUCCAGAUCAUUGGGGCAGCUCAGACCUGUCAGUCCUAACAGAAGCAGGUGUUGCACAAGCAGAAAGAUGCCGGACUGCCUUAUCUGAUAUGCACUUUGACCAGUGUUUUUCGAGCCCAAUAUCUCGUGCCAAGUCUACUGCUGAAAUCUUAUGGCAAGGCAGGGAAGAGCCUUUGGUUUAUCUUGACUCGCUAAAGGAGGCUCAUUUGUACUUUCUUGAAGGCUUGAGAAAUGUGGAUGCUAAGAAGAAAUACCCAAAGGAGUUUACUCAGUGGAGAGAGGAUCCCUCCAAUUUUUGCAUUAACGGUGUUUUUCCCACGAGGAAAUUGUGGGAGACUGCCCGUGAGGCUUGGUUAGAAAUCUUAUUUACGCCGGGAGAAAAUUUCUUGGUUGUCACACAUAAAUCGAUCUUGAGGGCUUUGAUCUGCACAGCUCUCGGGCUUCCCCCAGAGAGGUUUCGUGCAAUCGAUGUUAACAAUGGUGGAUUGUCUGUAUUUGGGUUUAACAAACAAGGAGAAGCAAUGCUUCGGUCUUUGAAUAUGACUGCACAUAUGUACACGGAUCACGUAUAUCAUUACUAGACGAAUACAUAGGAAAAUGUUCAGCCUUAGGAGAUUUUAAUUUUAUUAUUUUUAUUUUUUUCAAAAUUAAGUGCUUGUUAAUAAUGAAAAGUGACUAUUCUUGGUAAAGUUUGUUUUUGUUUUGGGGAGCUUUUUAUAUAUUCUUUUUGUUGCGCAAGUUAUUUGAUUAUUGGUGGUUUUGGCUGAGAUUAUAAGAUCUUCUGAAACAUGUUAUACAUGAAUUACAGAGCUAUGACAACUUAAGGUUUUAAUUCAUUGCAAGAAAAGAAAACAUUAAUUUUUUGAUUUUUUUUUUCUUUGAAUUUUG